UGCAGAUGCUGUCGCUCCGGCACCUCACUCCCCCGCCCUCUUCACCCAACCGAAUCCACCGUGCUCCGCCCCCGCCUCGCCGCCACCUCAUUCCGCCAGUAUCACGGUGCUCAAGCAGGAGGACGCCGAUGGAGAUCAGGGAGACCGCCGGUCAGUCCGCCGACGAGGCCGCCACCCAGGCGUUCAUGCCGGACGCCAGGGCGUACUCGGUCACCACCUCCCCCAUCGCCUGGGACGUCAGUGACCAAGAAGCGGCGUCCGUCUGCCUGUACGGGAGCCGACCUCACGUCGCCGGAUCUCGGCGUGCAAGGCUGGAAGCGAUGUUCAAAGAGGAAAGCACCAUGCACAAGAAGGUGAACCAAGAUGUCAACAGACUCCACAAUGAGCUGAUGACGGACACACUUGUUGAUGAUCCUGGAGAAAAGUCAAAAAACAGAGUUCAUCAACCCUUGCCCAUCAUUGGGAUGGUAGCGAUAGGCAAGACUACCCUCCUGAUGUGUGCGUGCCGGGAUUUUGACCCGGACAGAAUGUUUCUCAAGACCUAUGGCAAGGCAAUACUACGCAGCAUAUUUAAUCGAGUCAGGCAGCAGUGCUUGAACGAAUGUUUUGCCUCGUACCAAAGUAUCAGAAGAAAUAUAAAGAAUACAAUUGAUUUCAUGCUGCGCAUCGACAAGGAAAAAAUUAUCUGGAAAAAAGGAAUCGACAUGGACAUCAUGUGGUGUAUUGUUGACACCCUUGCUGAACAAUAUAAGCAUAGCCAAUUUUCAGCUGGCCCCGACAUUCACCAUUCAACUUCCAAUCCGUUCAUAUGUGUGAAAAGGUGUACCAGCGUGCGCCGCAAGCCCGUGCAAAAGCCGCUGUUCACGAAGAGUUUAGGGACUGAAGGUGUGAAUUUCAGCGUCACCGAUAGUUCACUGCAGAAAGGAGCAGAUGUCAGCGGCAGGACACGAUGCCCUGAAGUCGAUACAAGUUUUUGUUCUCCUUCAUGUGAACUUGACUUACACCGUGUUUGCUCGAUGGAUGGCUUCAAUCUACUUCUUGGCCUAUACCGUGUUGAUCCUAUUUGUGUAUUCAAUGGACAUAGCAUCUUGGCUUUAGUCACACUUUUAUCAUUGGUAAGUGAUUGCAGCAAGGCCACAGUGAACACACGACACUACCGCAUUAGGAAGAGUAGACAGAACAAGGGCUGCAGGGUGGUAUCAAGGCAAUGCUUGGCUCAGAAGACACAAAAUCAUAAACGGGGUGACACAAGGGCUGCAUUUCAAAAGAAUCGACGUCUCGCCUCCAGAUCUGAACCUGUAGCUGCCGACAACUCGAGCUUACUGACUCCUGACAGUACACCUGAGCGACCCUGGCGUGUUGCAUCUGCUGCCCCGCAGCAUAUGACAGGAUACCUCAAAUAUUUGAUCGACUACAUGCCAGCCUCCGGCGAUCAGUUUAUCGACACGCCGACUAUGGGGCAUAUGCCAUUCCAUGGCCGCGGAUCGGUGAACACCACGAACAUGACCCUGCGAGAUGUUCUGUACGUCCCAGGGCUUGAGGCCAACCUCGUCUCCACUGGCCAGCUCGCCGAGCUUGGCUACACCAUAUCCAUUGGUCCCUACGGGUGUCGUGUAUACAAGGACGACGAGGGCAUGGAUCUUGUUGGAAAAGCGCAUUACGUCGAUGGCCAUCUGCUGGAGCUGGAUUUCCUCAGGGUUUAGGGCUUCCACCAACUCAUCCACAGGCCUGUGCCUGCUACUACUUGAUUUCAGAGUAUAUAUAUGAGCUGUGUAUUUGUAACUGUAUGAUUUGUAACAAUUCCACUAUAUUAGCUAUGUAUUUGUAUGGUUGUGUGAGAGAAUUCACACACCACUAGCGCCUUUACUGAAUGUACCUCUGUUUGAUGUGGCUGUGUAUGCACCACUGUUCGAUACGAAAUAUGUAUUUACAGUUCAUCCACCCACCUCACGGUGGACUAUAUAAGUUGGAUUAUUGUGUUG